AUGAGAGACUUCCACGAGAUUACCUACAAGCCGCAAGAGAUUGUUGCUCAGGAAGAGAAUGCACCCAAUUCCGAACCAGGAAACCCACAAAAGAACCCUAUAUAUUCUGAUAUAAGCUCAAAAGUGCUGGAAGAAAUCCAGAACAUUGAUCUUCCCAGAUCUUAUGGAACAAAGAUCGAUACUCUCUGUCGGCACUUGCUAUGGCUGCGGCAACAUGACCCAGGAGCUAAAUCAAUCGUCUUUUCGCAGAACAAAAGCUUUCUAGUCACACUAAGCCAUGUCUUCUAUUGGUUCAAAAUUGGUCAUUCCAGUAUAGAUGAUCCGUCUGGUAUCGAACGGUUCAAAGAGGAUCAUACUACCGAGUGCUUUCUCCUACAUGCAAAAGCCCAUGCAUCCGGCCUUAAUCUUGUUAACGCGACCCAUGUCUUUCUUUGCGAACCACUGAUCAAUACUGCAAUUGAACUUCAAGCCAUAGCUCGGGUUCAUCGUAUUGGUCAGCAUCAAGAUACAACUGUAUGGAUGUACCUGGUUGCUAACACCGUUGAGGAGUCCAUUUAUCAAAUCUCCGUGGCUCGCCGUCUAGCCCAUAUUGCACGUAGACGCGAAGAGAACCUGAAGAAAAGGGAACAUUCUAUGUCCUCCAGCUUUAUAUCCGAAAGCUACCUGGAUCUGGAUGGAAAUGGCCAUGCAGAAUCGAACGGUACUUCCCAUAACCCUCUAAUGAGCCUUCGGCACCUGGACGAGAAUACCCUUGAGUCUGCAAAUUCCCAUGAAUUAGAAGACGUAACACCAGGAAAUCUGUUCUCUGGGCCCGGUGCCGAAGGGGAGAAAGUUAGAGACUCGGAUGUUUGGCAGUGCUUGUUUAGCAACCAGAAGAGAACUGGCACCCUCUCAAAUGAAGUUGCAGAUGCGGAGACGAUGGGUGAUGUCGAGAAUGAUGUCAGACGUGUGCUGAGGGCUACUGCAGCCGAAGCAAGACAGCUGAACGGUCCAAUGCCUUAA